ACACGGGUGACUUUGGAUAAAAGGAAGUCAGACAUCAGGCGCGCAUUCGGAGAUGAGACCUCAUAGAGGACACAGCGCACCCGAGAUUUCUUGGAUUCUUGUUCAGCACAUCGAAUUUCUUCAAAUCAGUUAACAUACGCGGCCAUUUUUAGUAAAACAACGCGUUAUUUGUCGUUCUGUAAUUAUUGUAAUACUCGUCAUUUAUUAGAGAACAUACCAUACCUUAUUUUUUUCUUGCAUACCAACUGGACUAAAAUGAAUAAAAUCAUGCUGCUCAAAAUCCAGGUGACUGGCAUGUGCCAUAUUUUGAUUUCUUUAACUCGAGACCGCUCGACUACCUGUAGGAUUGCAUAAGAGCGUAAGGGAGCUGAAGCCCGGGAGGAGGUAAUGCGCAUCUGUAUAAUGUGACAGUAGUCGGUUUCUUAGACUCACUCGAACGGUCGUCUCUGUGGAUAUUGCUUUUGUGAACCUUUAUACCCGUUACACCUGACUAAGACUGUGAACCUUUAUACCCGUUACACCUGACUAAGACAAGCUGAUGGAACCACCGUAUCUCAAGGAGAGACGACACCACGUUGUUUUCGAAGAGGCGUUGAUGCUCUCCAUUUAUCCUUCAAAUCCAGCUGAAGAUGUGGGGACAGUUUCGGCUAGCUACAUUUGAAUGCAAAUACUUGAAUGUGUAACAUUCAUGUACCAUUCGUGACUGAAUUCGUGGGAUCCUAUACAGCAAUAGUUAACGAACCUGAUGCAAAGCAGUCUGCAAUCUGCCGGAUGAUCGUUUUUGCAUGAGUGUGCAGAGUGACUAAUCGUACCUGGAUUGAAAAAAAACAGACGAUGAGGGUGAAUCAAACAACAGUUUGCUUUGAGCUUCCAACGAGCGCUCUGUAGUAAAGUUGCAGUGGCCGAACUACAGCGGUGCUAUAUGAAGAUCAGGAUCCAAAGGCUGGUUUGCCGUCGCAGAAAUGCCCGUUCGUGCCGUGACUUCCAGGUUUAUGUACAGGGGACUUUGCUCAAUUCCAGAUCUCCUCUCUUACCGGACUCCCAUCAGCCUCCCAGAGGAUGAAGUGGAGGAGAUCCGCGAAGCCUUUAAGGUGUUCGACCGUGAUGGGAAUGGAUUCAUAUCUAAACAGGAGCUGGGAAUUGCCAUGCGGUCUCUUGGUUACAUGCCAAACGAGGUGGAGCUGGAAGUGAUCAUUCAAAGACUGGACACGGAUGGUGACGGUCAAGUUGAUUUCGAGGAGUUUGUAACACUUCUCGGACCAAAACUGUCUUCUGCUGGUAUGCCUGAUAGGUUCCAUGGAGCCGAGUUUGACUCCAUUUUCUGGAAGUGUGACAUGCAAAAGCUGACUGUGGAUGAUCUGAAGAGACUCUUGUACGAUACGUUCUGUGACCAUUUGACAAUGAAAGACAUCGAGAACAUUAUCAUGACAGAGGAGAGUCACUUAAACAGCCCCGAGUGCCAAGUAGAUAUUGACACAAGCCCCAUGCAACAAGUCAAGCACACGUGUGUGCGCAAAAGCUUGAUUUGUGCCUUUGCUAUCGCAUUUAUCAUCAGCGUCAUGCUCAUCGCAGCCAAUCAGAUGCUUCGAAGAGGGAUGAAGUGAUCACUUCUGUUUCUAACACAACAAAUGACUGGCAACGGGUAAAAAUGCAAAAAAAACCACUAAAUUCAGUUUCUAAUGAUCCCAGUUUAAAAAUAACACCAAAGGCUGCAUUCUCAUUUCACUAUAAACUGAAGGUAAAAUCAGACUGUUCUUAGCAGGCGGAAGAACAAUGUCCCAAAAGCCCAAAACUAUUUAAUUCAAAUGUAAUUUUUGUGUAGAAAUAAAUCAAGAGCAACACUGAUAAUUAUCAUUGUGCUGUAUAAUAUUAAAUGUUUCCUAUCAGGUCAUGUUACCGUGUAGUAAUAAAAUGCAUCUGUUAUAACACCGAACAUAAUACAAAGUAUUGUAUUGUAUGGCUGUAAUCUUAUAUCCAUAUUUGUAUGAAUGCCAUGUCAGGGCAUUUGUGUGACAUUGACUAAGGUAUGUCCCCAUUUGUUUGUAAUGUUUAAUGUCAUCUGAUCAUGUACUAUACAUAGUUUUCUAGACAUAGUUUUACCAUAGUCCCAAACAGAAACGAAUAGUAACAAUGAUUAGUUGAAAUGGUUAAACAAAUUUGCCUAUGACUAAGUCAUCAGCAGAUUUUACACUCUUAAAAAUGAAUGUGCUUAAAAUGUUCUUCACAGAGAUGCCAUAGAAGAACCAUUUUUGGUUUCACAAAAAACUAUUCAGUCAAAGAACCAUCUCUUUCUUUUAUAAUCUCAAGAACCUUUUUUCACCACAAAGAACCUUUUGUGAAACAGAAAGGUUCUUCAGAUGUUAAACGUUUUUUAUGGAACCAACUAGACAAAAAAGGUUCUCAUAUGGCAUCGUGAAGCACCUUUAUUUUUAAGAGUGUAGGAUGAGUAAAACCAAAUGUAAUGUGAAAAUGUAAAUGAAUGUAUUAGAAAUUUACUGAUUCACUAAUAGAAACUAAUGGAAAAUAUAAGAUAUAUAAUUGGUGACAAUCCAAAGUGUUAUGCCGGGGUCACACUAGAUUUUGAGCAUGAGAAAAUUGUUCGGAAGGUUCUGCUAAAAUGGGCGGGAGCAAUUUCCUUCAUCUUUUAAAUUUUUUAAAUUACGAAGCGAAAUGCAAAAUAUCUAUGUCUGACGCAUUCGCAUGCGUAUGAAUGGAACUCAAUGGAGCGAAAAGUCUAGUGUGACCGCAGGUUUAAUGAAUCUUACCUGUGCAAUGAGAGUUUAACUUGCAAAAAGUAUUCUUCCAGUCUUAACUCUCAGGAUUAUGACAGAUCUGUCAUUUGUGUACUGGUUGUGUGCAAAAAAAGCAUCGUCACGUAUGAAUAUUACAAGAUAUUCGUACUAUAUGUGCCAAGUGAGACUAAAUGUUUGUGUGAAGAUAUACUGCAAAAUAACUGUGUUCUUACGUAAUGACAUAUUUGCAUGAAAUGUUUCCUAGCGUUUUGACAACAUCAAUGUUGUUAAUGAAUAAUCCGUCUGUAUUAAUAUUAUCAUCAUUUAACAGCUUGUGGUUUUCACUGUACUGGGGUGAUCUGUAUGGUAUGGUUGUGAUCUGUGUAGUAUCAAAUUCUUUAUUUGUUUUCAAAUUAUGUCAUUUAACAUCUAAAGACUGAGUUUUAAACUUUUCCAGCAUAACACACAGGGAAUGAACCAGUGAACAUGAGCAAAAGAAAGGGUCUUCAGCAUUCUUCAAAGUAACUUUAUAGCUUUAAGUUUGGUGCGAGCUAACGGUAACAAGCAAUAUUGGGCUUAUGCAUACUGUGAAAUGUAUGCAUCCAGCGUCUAUCUGUAAUUUAUGCAUCUGUCAGCAAUCUCAGUGCCUAAACAAUAUGUUGGUAUUGUUCUGUGUCUCUAUGGUCAGGAUUUCAAAGUCUGUGCACUUUCUUAGUAGAUAACACGGAAGUGUUUGUGCAAUAUCAUUAAUGAUGCAUAACUAGUAAGUUGUGUUCAUUAACAUUUCUAUAUCAUUUGAAAAGGUAUAACUAAGCACUAACCAUAACUUUAGAUCGUUCUGCAUCUGCAUAAGAUGACUGUAAUGGCAGGAGAUCUGCAUUUGUAUAGGGAGGGUGAAAAUAAGUAAAGUAAAAUAAACCAAAAUGCAACUUAAAGUGAUAGUUCACCCAAAAAUAAAAAUUCUGUCAUCAUUUGUUCACCCUCUUGUCUUUUCAAACCCGUAUGACUUUCUUCCGCAGAACACAAAAUAAGAUAUUUUGAAGAACGUUGGUAACCGAACAGCACUGGUCCCCAUUCACUUCUACUGUAUGGACACAAAACCAAUGCAAGUGAAUGGGGGCCAGUUAACAACAUUAUUCAAAAUAUCUUCUUUGCUGUUCUGCAGAAGAAAGCAACUCAUAAAGGUUUGAAAUGACAAAAGGGUGAGUAAUGAUGACAGAAUUUUUUGAUGUCUACACGGGGUAGUCAACUAACUCAAGGCAUCUAUGAAAUUGUUCUAGCUGUUCAUAGUACACACGGAACAGACCAGUGAAGUAAUAAUGACAUGAGAGAGCCUGUCUGAAAAAUAUACCAGAAUUGUAAGGAUAUGUUAUUUCGUUGCAGUUGCAUGUCUUUGUAAAUUUCUGACAUGUUGGCUUUCGAUCCCAAAAUAUGCAAUUGAUUCUUAUUUGACGACAAUUUACUGUGAUUUAAAGUUACGAUAUACACACAAAU